GAGGAAAUAGACUCCGCCUCCAAUGGUACAGGCCCUGUCUUUUCCUCUCAUCUGCAGGAGGCUGAAGACCAAAUCAGAAUGCAGAAGCAGCUGGAUGAGAUGCGGCUGCGGCUGGAGCUGCUGCAGGUCGACGAGCAAAGCGCCGAUGUUGCCCACAGCUUCCACCUCGCUCAGAGGUUCCAGAUGCUGCAGAUGCUCGGGGAUCAUAUGCAGGAACUGCUGAGAGAGCAGAACAGUCUGAGGCAGCGACUCAUGAAGCCGCUGGCUUGCACCAACCUGCCCGUGCACGCUCACCUGCACAGGUUCAUGGUGGAGUCCCUGAAGCUGAUGAUGGACUUCAUUGAGACUCUGGAGGAGAAGCUAAGCGCUGCCGACAGCAGGACUGCAGCCAGAGACCGUCUCGCUCUGCUGGACUCCUCGCUCGCCCAGCUGCUGAUCCAGGCCUCAGAGAUGGAGACUUUGUCUAGUCAGAUUCUUCAGUGGAAGUCAGUUGAUGGAUGCAGCCUGGUGACCUCUGACCCCUAACCUUCAUCAUGUGUUGCACUUUGAAUUUAUUCUAGUAAACGUUUGCAAUAAAAUCUUUCACAUUUUCCAUAUGCA